AUGGAAAUGGCUGAAGAUAACAUUACAACUGCAAACAAGGCAGGCCAGCUUCUGGAAAAAAUUUGGCACCUGAAUUUGCUAGUGAGAAAUGAGCUUCUGAAAAGUGAUCUGGAUGAUGAAGGUAUAAUGGAGUAUAUGCUUAGACUGAUCUAUUUAACAAAAGAGCUCAGUAAAUCUCUUAGCCAGCAGCUGGAGAACGUUAUAGAAAAUAUUCAAGACACCUGCCUCUUGCUGAGUACCCUCCAUGACAAACAAGAGAAACGGACUGGAAGUCCAGAGUACAGUGGAAUUAUAGAUUGUCUGCAAAAAGUGAAGGAUUAUCUGAUCAAUACAGUCUUACAACUUCAAGAGGAAGAAAAUAAACUUUAUGUAACUAGCUGCAGAAAAGAUGAUGAUUCUCAGAUCCAGACUGCUCAAAAGAUGACCAAAGAAAGAGAAUUGUGUCGUUCCGAAGGAGAAGCAACAGAGUCUGUGCAGGCAUCUUCUAGUCCCAGCCUACAGACCCAAAGAACUCCUUCCCAGAUCAAGACAGAGAGUAAGAAUGUUGAUCAAAUCCUGCUAAGUGAGACUAAAACUGUGGAAGAAGACCUCGUUGCAUCAUUAGCUGAAAAUGUAUUUGCUCUGGAACAGGACGGUAGCAGAGAAUCUCAAACGAAACAGGAAGAUAGUGACCACAGACAACUAAUGAACUCUGUUACAGAGAAAAUACAUUACAAUAGAAAGGAUAAACUUCAUGGAGGUAGUUCUGUGACUGAAAAGUCUCCAGAACUGGCUUUUCAAGGUGCUGGUACAAGCAAUGAGGGAGGCAUUCUACCUGAAACGUGGAAAGAUGUUUCUGAAAAAACUGUCAUGAAUCUCUCUGAGCAAGAAAAGAAGGCAGCAGUAAAAGAAUCUUCAGAAGAUAUAGGAAGUGAAGAAAAUAGACUAAGAGAGCAAGUGGAAGACAGAAAAAUGGAAAAAAAUAAUGAGAUUUGUAGGCAUGAUCUAAUUACCUUCAUAUCUUCAGCACAAACAUGUGAUCUUACUGCUGUGAAUCCUUCUAUGAAUGAUUCAGAAAAACAAAAAUCUAGGCACUGGAUGAAAAAAAGAUUUCUAGUGGAAGAAAGUGGAACGACUGAACAUGAAGUAGCUUGUUUUAUUAAAGCCCCUGCAGUUGCUCUGGAGAAUCUGAAGUGUAAGAUAGUAAAUGACACUAGUUCCUUGGUGGUGGAAGAUUCUGAGGAGCUGGUCAGCAAUGUCAUCAGUAUUGAAUGCUCUGAUUAUGAGAAAAAAAUCCCUUUUCCUAUCAACAUUGCAAUCCCAUUUACUUCCUGCUUCAGAGGAAAUUAUCGGGAGAUCAUGGUGAAGGUGACUGAUGUAAACUUUAAGUCAAACUACUUAACUCCCAUUUCUUUGGAGGGAUACCAAGGAAAACAUAAGGACACCUUUGCAGAGGUGAAAAUUUAUCAGCUGGGUGUUUUUUCUGUGUUGUCAUGCUUAAAGAAAGAAACAUUUACUGUUCCAAAAGCAGGACUCUCACAGAAGCUGAGUGUGGAUCCUAGAAUCUCUUUCUAUUACCACCCAGAAACAUUCAGUUCACCAGCACCCAUGCAGUUAAAGGUUCAGCCAAUUGAACCAUCAUUGGUUUCAACGUUGAAAGCAAGGCACGAUAUGUACCACUCCGUUGUAUCUACUAGUGCACUGGUUUAUGUCCAGCAUCUUUCAGCCCAGCCACUUAACAGCUCAGUCACUAUUACUCUACCCUGUCCUCCAAACCCAGAAAAAAAAAGACAAGGAGAUGAGUCAGACCAUGUGAGAGCCAUUAGUGCUACAGUAAAGAGGGUUGCUGCAGCCUACCAGCCUCGGACUGUGAGUGCUUCUGGGAGAAAAAGUGGAGAGAAUCUCAGUGAUACUUUGAAAUUAUUAGGUCACAGAAACAAAGAAGAGGGGUGGAAGGUGUUUGAUGAUGUUAUCAUCCACAAUGCACGGAAUGGUCUUGUAUCAUUUGAACUAAGUGAGCAUUUAGAAAGCUUUGUCAUCAUUCGCCUGUCAUUCCUCCUGGAAAACACCUAUCUUCUCCACUUUGCUCAGGCUCUAGAAGAAGCUGUUUGCAGCACAAUGGCUAAUGUGAUACUGUAUCAGAAAAGAGAGAACCCAUACAAAAUAGUAGUACUGCUAUCUGCAUCCAAAGAGCUGUCCUGGGAACUUCAAGCUCUGCAUGAGGAGGGCUACUUCGGUCCCCCAGAACCUACACACCAGUUCUCAUUGAGAGAAGGAGAGCAGAUUCAUUUUAGAUUUAGAGGCAAUAUUUUUGCUUCAGAGAACGGAAAAGAUUUUGGAAAAGUCUACAGGCUGACUUUUCAUUCACAAAGGAAACCCAGGCUGGAUCUCCAAAUUAAAGAAGUGGAUGAAUUUGGUAACUACAGCUCACCUCAUUACAAAGGAACAGCAGUAUUCUAUAAAAUUACCAGAGAGAUGAUAACUAAGGAAUGGGAACAACCCUUGCCAAAUGGUGAAUAUCAGCACCAGACUCCUCUGUGUAAAUUAGCACUAACGUUACCAAAGCAUGAAAAACUGAUCAACCGUCCCCGAAGCACAAAAAGAAUUUAUUCUGAUUCAUCAGAGGCUCUAUGGGACAACUUGCUCCAGUGGCUUGCAGAAGAGCUUGCAGGAGACAACACCUCACUGCUUGCUUUGCGGGUCCCUGUUCGGCGGAGCGUACGUCAGCUUGUUAGGCUGAAGUGCCCUGAUAAUUUAACACAUCAGAUCUAUGAGCUGCUUUGCUGCUGGAAAAAGACCCUUCCAAGGUCAGCUGAUAAACAACAGCUCCUGUCUCAGUAUUUGCAGAAGAGUGGCAGAAGUGAUCUUGCAGAAGAACUUCUUUUUAAGUGGCAAAAUAGAGAGUUCACUUGA